AUGUUGGCCUCCGCCGAGCCCGAGGAAAUGAAGGAGCAAAAUUCAGAUCUGUGUUCUAGAUAUAUAAAAAUAUUUAUUGUUGUGUCUUGUUAUUGGGUUGUAUCAAUAACAACAGUUUUUAUUAACAAAACACUACUAAGUAGUGAAGAUGUGGCAUUAGAAGCACCUCUUUUUAUAACUUGGUUUCAAUGUAUUGUGUCAUUCAGCAUAUGCUAUUUCUUGAGCAAGACUGGUGGUAUACCAAAAGUGUUUGUUUUUCCCAAAGGAACACCAUGGGAUAUUGCAGUUAUCAGAAAGGUCAUCCCUUUAUCAAUAAUGUUCACCUUUAUGAUAGCAACAAAUAAUAUGUGUUUGAAGUAUGUUGGAGUACCCUUUUAUUAUAUUGGAAGGUCAUUGACUACAGUUUUUAAUGUUAUAUUCAGUUAUAUACUACUGGGUCAGAAGACUUCUAACUCAUGCAUGAUGUGUUGUGCGUUUAUCAUAUUUGGAUUUUACCUUGGAGUAGAUCAGGAAAAUUUAUUGGGGUCAUUUUCUUUGCUGGGAACAAUUUAUGGCGUCAUAGGCUCAUUAAUGUUAUCGCUUUACUCAAUUUAUACCAAAAAAAUAUUGCCCAGCGUCAACCAGGAAGUUUGGUUGCUUUCAUAUUACAACAAUGCAUAUUCUAUUUUCCUGUUUCUGCCGCUAAUAGUAAUUAACGGCGAGAUUCCGACUUUACUGCAGUACACCAAUUUUACAAACGCGUAUUUUUGGCUGCAAAUGUUGGUGGGAGGUUUUUGUGGGUUCGCUAUUGGAUAUUUCACGUCCUUGCAAAUUAAGGUUACAUCACCCCUAACACACAACAUAUCAGGAACAGCGAAGGCGUGUGCCCAAACCGUUAUCGCUACUCAAUGGUAUAACGAAACCAAGAAUACAGUCUGGUGGGCAUCAAACGUUAUAGUCUUAUGUAGCAGUGCCCUCUACGCACGGUUCAAGCAAGUAGAAAUGGAACAGAAGGCCCGAAGGCCGGUACCUGAAGAGAAGCAGAGCUUAGUAUGA